AUGAAAUUCAAAACACAAGAUCGAAUUAUCAUUGUACUUGGGGCUACAGGAAACCAAGGCAAAGGAGUAGUGAGUUCACUUUUAAGUGACAGUGCGCGGGGACCGUGGAACGUCCGCGCAGUCACCAGGGAUGUCAACUCUGUCUCAGCCCAGCGUCUUUUGAAUGAUUUUCAAACCCCCGACCACCGUCUGAGCCUCGCCAAUGGAGAUAUCUUUGAUGUGGAAAGCCUCAAGGUCGCUUUUCGCGGGGGUUAUGGUGUGUUUGCGGUGACGAGCGAAACCAACUCGAGAACGAUUGAAACCGAAGACGACCUGAAGCAGGAGCUUGAAAGUGGGAAGAACAUUGUUUCUGCCGCGAAGGAUUGCGACAUUCAGCACUUUGUUUUUAGCAGCCUGCCUGACAUGAAACGGGCGACCGCAGGCCGAUUUGACAAGCUUUUCCACAUGGAUCAUAAGUUUGUCAUUGAGCAGUGGGCGAAGCAAGCCUUGCCUGCGGUCACUUGCCUUCUUCCAGGUCUCUUCUUCACCAACUUGAAUCGCCCGCAGUAUUGUCGAAGAGAAGCAAAUGGGAUCGUUCGCUUCUGCCCCCCGAUUCCGUCGACAAAAUUUGUUGAAUGGGUUGAUCCUGUUUAUGAUAUGGGAAUUUUCGCCGCAGAGGUAUUCGCUUUAGGCAUCGCGAAAACAAAGAACAAGAAUUAUAUUGUUUGCAGUCCGAAAUUACGGAUGGAUGAGUUUGCGUCUACAUUCACAAGAGUAACUGGCCAGCCAGCGAUUUAUUCCCCAAUAUCAAUCGACGAAUGGGCGGAUAUGGCUUCUAGAGCGGUAGGGGCUGGGUUCAAGGAGGACAUUCGCCAAAUGAUGGAAUGGAUCUCGAUAGCGCCAGAAGACAAGGGAUGCUACGGGGCUCUUGAUCCAGCCGAAGACCCUUCCUGGGAGGAUCUACACCUGCGGGCUAGUACCUUCGAAGAUUGGUUGAGACGUUCCGGGUGGAUGGGUCCCCCCGAGUGA